UAUGCUUUAUUUUGGUGCACACAAAUCUUCUCGAAUUGCAAGCUUUGAGAAUCCAAGAAGAAAACCAUGGCAGAAUUCCUGUGGACCUUUGCUGUACAAGAAGUGUUGAAGAAGACGGUGAAGCGGGCGGGUGAGCAGGUCGGCAUGGCAUGGGGAUUCAAGGACGAACUCUCGAAAAUGAAGGACUCUUUAGUCAUGGCGCAAGCCAUCGUAAGGGAUGUUGAAAAAAUGAAGGUAGACCUUGACUCCUUAAAGCUAUGGGUGAAGAAGCUUCAAGAUAUCGUCUUCAAAGCCGAUAUUUUACUCGAUGAGCUUGCUUAUGAAGAUGUUCGACGCAAAGUGGAAAUUGGGAAAGAUCGGAUGGUACGCAAUUUCUUUUCAUUCUCCAAAAAUUUCUUUGCUUUUCGUCUCAAAAUGGUAAAUGAAAUUACAACCGUUACUAAAAAGUUGGAUGAGUUAGUUUCUACAAAAUGUCCUUUGGCAUGUGUUGCUACAACAUUUAACGAAACUGAAACUGAUCUUAACCAAGUACGAGAGACGGACUCUUUUCCCGAUGAAAUUGGAGCUAUUGGGAGGGAAAUUGAAGUAUCAAAUAUAGUGGAUAAACUACUCGCUCUUAAGAAUCAAGAAAGUCUGGUUGUUUUAUCCAUCGUUGGUACGGGUGGAUUAGGAAAAACAACUCUUGUGAAGGAAGUUUUCCAUCAUGAUAUGAUAAGGAAGAAUUUCGAUACAACAAUAUGGGUAUGUGUAUCUGAUCAUUUUAAAAUCAACAAAAUUUUGAGAGCAAUCGUGGGAUUCUUGAAUCCAACAUUUGGUGGCUCAGAUGAAAGGGAACUCAUACUUCGGGAGCUCAAAAGCCUGUUGAGGGUCAAAAAAUAUUUUCUUGUGCUCGAUGAUGUUUGGAAUGAGGAACCCGUUUUAUGGAAUGAGUUGAGGGCUUGUUUACUAAAGAUCAGUCAAAAUGUUGGAAAUGCUAUAGUUGUGACUACUCGGAGUGAUAAAGUUGUUGAAAUUAUGAAGACAAAUUACAGACAUCGUUUGAGGCAGUUAUCGGACGAUCAUUGUUGGUCUUUAUUUCAAAAAUGUGCAUUCGGAAGUGAUUUAUCAAUAAUUCCUGAUGUGAUUCGAGAACGACUUGUUAAGAAAUUUGGUGGUAUACCAUUGGUUGUGAAAGUGUUGGGAGGAAUGGUGAAAUCAUGCAAGAAUGACGAUGAGUUGCAAUCGACUUUAGAAAAUCUAGUGAGAAUUGAAUUACGAAAGGAAGAUCUUAUUUUAUCCACAAUCAAAUUAAGCGUGGACCGUCUACCAUCUUCCUCAUUGAAACAAUGUUAUGCGUACUGUUCAAAUUUUCCACCGGACUUUUGUUUCUACAAGGAAGCACUUGUUCAGAUGUGGAUAGCACAAGGGUUUAUUCAACUACCCGAUGGAAGCAAUGUAACGAUGGAGGAUAUUGGAGUGAUGUAUUUCGAUAUUUUGUUGUCUCGUUCCUUGUUUCAAGAUGUUUUUAAGGAUAACAGAGGAAAAAUUAUAUACUGUAAGAUGCAUGAUCAUAUACACGAGGUUGCAUGUUCUAUUUCAAAUAAUCAAAAUUUGAGAAGGCACCUUGUUACGAAUGGAAAAUCAGAAGGUGAUGAAGUUCUUUCCAUCCGUCAAAGAAGAAGAAUAGUUUACUGUUGUGAAAAUGUACACUUUGAUAAUCGGGAUAUGAUCAUCAACUUCAUCUACUUGCGCGUUUUAAUUAUUGAUUAUGGAUUCAUAACUGAAUUGUCAGAUACGAUCGGUAAAUUGAAGCAUUUGAGGUAUCUUGACAUUUCAAAGUCUCGAAUAACUACGCUCCCAAAAUCUAUCGUUUUGCUUUACAAUUUGCAGACUUUGAAGCUUGGAUGUGAUGUAAAACUUCCCGUAAAGUUGAGAAAGUUGGUCAACUUACGGCAUUUGGAAUUUGAUUUUGUUGGUCAACUUACGGCAGUUGGUCAACUUAAGGAAAUGCCUAAACAUUUAAGUCGACUGACUCAACUUCAAACGCUUUCUAUAUUUGUAGUUGGGUUUGAUGAAGGACGUAAGAUUGAGGAGCUUGGACCAUUAAAAGACCUUAAAGGUAAAUUAAGCCUUUUAAAUCUCGAGCAAGUCAAAAGUAAAAAGGAGGCAAAGGCUGCAAAUUUAGUACGGAAGGAAAAUAUUUCUGAUCUACUUUUUGAAUGGAGUGUUGAAAGAGAAGACUAUGGUGACAAUGAUUUGAACGUGUUAAAAGGGCUUCAACCACACGAAAAUCUUCGAGCAUUGAGAAUUCAUAAUUUUGCUGGUGAACUUCUGCCCAACUGUAUUUUUGUUGAAAACUUGGUUGAGCUAAAUCUAGACGGCUGCAAAAAAUGUGAAACUUUACCGACGCUUGGACAGUUAUCCAAACUUGAGGUUCUUAAAAUUAACGAGCUCAGUGCUUUAAAAAGUAUUGGAAGUCAAUUUUAUGGGAAUUAUUACGAUAGCAGAACUUUAUUUCCGAGACUGAAAAGACUUGAUAUUUUGCAAAUGGACAGUUUAGAGCAAUGGGAAGAAGUUGCUGCUUUGACAAAUUCUACGGCUUUUCCUCAUCUCGAAAGCUUAACUAUUUGUUCUUGUCUCAAACUAACGAACAUUCCAAAUAUUUUCACAACUCAUGGUCAGAGGUUGGAAGCUGACACGGUUAAUGCAAGAUUGUUUUCAAGCUUUCAAAGUCCACCAAAGCUUAAAUCUCUAUGCAUUUAUAACUGUACAAGUUUGAUAAAGCUACCAAACUGGUUGGAAUUCUGUAGCUCACUCGUCGAUUUGUGCAUAGGCGACUUUCACAAUGAUAUUUCCCCUUCAAAUUUGCGCCCACCAAAUUUGCAAAAUAUGCCGAACUUGUCAUUGUUAAGACUCGAAAACUUUCAUAACUUGCCCGAAGGGCUCGGUGGUAUUCAUAACUUGAAAACAUUGAUAAUUGAAGGGCCAAUGCAGGAUUAUGAUUGGAGUGGAUUCAUACCCUUCAAUUCACUCGAAGUUCUUGAGUUGCAUGAAAUAAGAACCGUUAAUUUAACACAUCUUCCUCGACAACUUAUGUUCCUCACUAAUUUAAGAUCAUUGUAUAUUAACAAUUUUAAUGGCCUUGAAUCUCUACCAGAAUGGUUGGGAAACGUUACAUCUUUGGAGACAUUAGAGUUAUGUUUGUGCAAAAAUUUGAAAAACUUGUCCUCGAACAAAGCUAUGUCAAAUCUAACCAAAUUGAAUCAUUUGAGAGUGCUUGGAUGUUCUCGGCUUGAAGUUGGUGAAGGUGGCGUUGAACGAGAAAAAGUUUCUCACGUACCCAAUAUCUUUGUACUAUAACACAACUACUUUAUGAUGGUUUCUUUUCUUC